AUGACGCAUCGAGUCGCACUCAGAAGGCGCUCCGCCAUUCAGAUACUGAAUUCACAUCCUCAAAAAGCGCAAUUCCAUGCCCGUACCAUUCACCAAACCGACAACAAACCCCAGGACCCCCGACUCCCCACCUCAGACAAGGUAGUAGAAGAACUCAUCGAAGACAAAUUCGCACUUUUAAAAUCCGCCUACGACGCGCCCAAACACCCCAUAAUUCUCGCUCAUGGAUUGCUGGGAUUCGACGAAUUGCAUCUCAUUCCCGGUAAAGUCUUGCCCGGGAUUGAAUAUUGGUAUGGCAUUACGCAGGCUUUGGCGGCCAAGAAGAUUGAAGUUAUUACGGCUGCCGUGCCUCCUUCGGGGAGUAUUGAGGCUCGAGCUGCGAAGUUGGCUGAGACGAUUGCGUUGAAGGCGAAUGGGAAGGCGGUGAAUAUUAUUGCGCAUAGCAUGGGGUACGCGAUCAAACCCGAGAAUGUCAAAGUCCUCUCCCUAACCACAGUAGCAACUCCACACCGUGGCUCCUCCUUCGCCGACUACAUCUUCAAAGGCAUCGGCGUACCCAACAUCCCCAAAGUCUACAAAGCCCUCGACUUCAUCGGCAUGGAAACGGGAGCAUUCCGCCAACUCACCCAAAAAUACAUGGCCGAAUCCUUCAAUCUCCGCACCCCCGACGUUCCCGGAAUUCGCUACUACAGCUACGGAGCCUCCAUGCCUCACCCCCAUCUCUUCUCCCUCUUCCGCAAACCCCAUCGCGUGAUUGAGGGUUUGGAAGGGCCGAAUGAUGGGUUGGUGAGUGUGGCUAGUAGUCGAUGGGGGGAGUAUAAGGGGACUUUGAAUCAUGUUAGUCAUUUGGAUUUGAUUAAUUGGACGAAUCGAUUGAGGUGGUAUUGGUGGUCUGUUACGGGGAGGAAGAGGAAUUUUAACGCUAUUGCGUUUUAUUUGAGUAUUGCUGAUAUGCUUGCCAAAGAGGGCUUGUGA